AACCCGGGAUGUAGGGCUUUGAAACUAGAAAAUGCCAGGUCUGAAAGAGAGGAAAGAACAAGUCCAGCAACACACAGAGCUCUGUGUAUUCAGAGGGAACUUGGCAGGGUUGUGUUCGGGCAGAGAAACUCCGAGUGGUACAAAGGGACGUGCCCAGAGUGGAGAAAUCAUGCUAAUUGUGUGCACCAGAGCUGGAGAACGCCACCCAAAAUGAAGAGAGAAAGGGAAGCCCUGUCCAGAGCCUUCAGUGCCCUGCGCCUCACUCCUUUUCUCUACCUGCUUCUGAUCCAGACAGAGCCCCUGGAGGGGGUGAACAUCACCAGCCCGGUGCGCCUGAUCCAUGGCACAGUGGGGAAGGCGGCCCUGCUUUCCGUGCAGUACAGCAGCACCAGCAGUGACAAACCCGUUGUCAAGUGGCAGCUGAAGCGGGACAAGCCAGUGACCGUGGUUCAGUCCAUCGGCACAGAGGUCAUUGGUACCCUGCGGCCCGACUAUCGAGACCGCAUCCGCCUCUUUGAAAACGGCUCCCUGCUUCUCAGCGACCUGCAGCUGGCCGACGAGGGCACCUAUGAGGUUGAGAUCUCUAUCACCGAUGACACCUUCACUGGGGAGAAGACCAUCAACCUCACUGUAGAUGUGCCCAUUUCGAGGCCCCAGGUGUUAGUGGCUUCGACCACGGUGCUGGAGCUCAGCGAGGCCUUUACCCUGAACUGCUCGCACGAGAAUGGCACCAAGCCCAGCUACACAUGGCUGAAGGACGGCAAGCCCCUCCUCAACGACUCGCGGAUGCUCCUGUCCCCCGACCAAAAGGUGCUCACCAUCACCCGCGUGCUCAUGGAGGACGACGACCUGUACAGCUGUGUGGUGGAGAACCCCAUCAGCCAGGGCCGCAGCCUGCCCGUCAAGAUCACCGUGUACAGAAGAAGCUCCCUCUACAUAAUCUUGUCCACAGGAGGCAUCUUCCUCCUUGUGACCCUGGUGACAGUCUGUGCCUGCUGGAAACCCUCCAAAAAGUCUGGGAAGAAGAGGAAGCUGGAGAAGCAAAACUCCCUGGAAUAUAUGGAUCAGAAUGAUGACCGCCUGAAAGCAGAAGGUGAGCUCCCAGCCACGCACUCACCCGUCCCAUCUUCACUCAGAUCAGUGAGCUGCUGGGAAAAGGCCGAAAUGGGUGACAAGGAAGCCAGCUCUGCAGGGCCCCUUCCUCCAUCAACUGCACGAAGACUGCAGAGCAGGGAGAGGAGCGGCCAAGGUAGGACCUCAGCAGACACCCUCCCGCGAAGUGGAGAGCAGGAGCGGAAGAACCCCAUGGCACUCUAUAUCCUGAAGGACAAGGACUCCCCGGAGCCCGAGGAGAACCCCGCCCCGGAGCCUCGGAGCGCGACGGAGCCCGGCCCGCCCGGCUACUCCGUGUCGCCGGCCGUGCCGGGCCGCUCGCCGGGGCUGCCCGGCCGCUCUGCCCGCCGCUACCCGCGCUCUCCAGCGCGCUCCCCCGCCACGGGCCGGACGCACACGUCGCCGCCCCGGGCCCCGAGCUCGCCCGGCCGCUCGUGCAGCGCCUCGCGCACACUGCGGACUGCGGGCGGCGUGCACCUGAUCCGCGAGCAAGACGAGGCCGGCCCGGUGGAGAUCAGCGCCUGAGCCUCCUCGGGAGCCCCCGGGAGGCGCCCGCGCACUGCUGCCCGCGGCCCGGGGGAGGGCAGGGCAGCGGGG